CAGUCUGCCAUAUUCGUUGGCGGCGUGCUUUCAGUGAUCAAUGGACGAAAGUAGGAAAAAAUGAAGGUUCUUUGAGAAAGAAUAUUUAAAUUAACCACAAUACGAUGGCAGCCGGACCGCCACAAGAAAGGAAUCAAGAUGCUACCGUCUACGUUGGAGGCUUGGAUGAGAAGGUGACCGAGGCGUUACUAUGGGAACUCUUCCUGCAGGCUGGACCUGUUGUGAACACCCACAUGCCGAAGGACAGGGUGACCCAGUCACAUCAGGGUUAUGGCUUUGUGGAAUUCAUGGGGGAGGAGGAUGCCGACUAUGCCAUCAAGGUACUGAACAUGAUCAAGCUCUACGGCAAACCUGUCAGAGUUAACAAGGCAUCGGCCCAUCAGAAGAACCUUGACGUUGGAGCAAACAUCUUCAUCGGUAACCUCGACCCAGAGAUUGACGAGAAGCUCCUCUAUGACACCUUCAGUGCCUUUGGCGUCAUCUUACAAACACCAAAGAUAAUGAGGGAUGUGGAGUCUGGGAACUCCAAGGGGUACGCUUUCAUCAACUUUGCCAGCUUUGAGGCAGCAGAUGCAGCCAUUGAAGCGAUGAACGGACAGUACUUGUGCAACAGGGCCAUCACCAUCUCGUUUGCUUUCAAGAAAGAUUCAAGAGGAGAGAGGCACGGAUCAGCAGCAGAACGCCUGCUUGCUGCUCAGAACCCACUCUCUCAGGCAGACCGGCCUCAUCAAUUGUUUGCCGACGCCCCGCCCACAGCUCAGGCCAAUGGUGUAGUCUCGUCCCUGGGACAAGCCCCGCCUCCUCCACCCUCUGGAGGAACGGCAACCAGCAAUGUACCAACCAGCAAUCCCCUUCCUAUGCCCCCUCCCUUCCCCAUGCCCCCAGGCAUGCCACCCCCAGGUAUGCCCCCUCCCGGUAUGCCUCCCAUGGGUAUGCCCCCACCCAUCCCCCCACCGGGGAUGCCGCCCCCACCCAUGCCUCCUCCACCGGUUCCACCACCCGGGGGCAUGCCCCACAUGGGGCCUGGUGGUAUGCCACCCCCUCCGCCCAACAUGAUGGGCGGGUUACCCCCACCCCCUGUGCCCCCGCCCGAUAUGAGGGGACCGCCACACAGAGGAAUGCAUCAUGGCCCCCAUGGACCAUUCCCGCCCCCUCCUCACAUGAGACCUCCCCCGAUGGGUGGGCCACACCCCCAUGGACCGCCGGAUAGAUUCAGGAUGGGACCACCGGGACCACAUCAAGACAGAUAUAAUAUGGGCCCAAGGGGACCACCCCCUCCUUUCAGAGGCCCUCCGAGAGGCCCUCCAUUCGGUGGCCCUCCACACGGCGGACCACACAGGGGACCGCCGCCCCGCAUGCCUCCUAGGCCACCCAGAUAUUAGGACCACUAGCAAGCUAUCGUCAAAAGGUCCUGCAUUUGGACCGAACCGACUUGAGGACCAGCUACCACUUAUCAUCAUGAUUCCUGCAUCUAGACAUCAUGAUCUUGUGAAUGUUUACCAACCACGCGUUAGGACCAGUUAGAAGCUAUUUUUGUGGUUUCUACAUCCGGACCUUGUUUCCGAUGGACGCAAGUCUGCCAGGUCACCUGCAUAAUUAUAGAUACCAGCCAUAAUUGCAGUUCCUGCAUCCAGACUUUGUUACCCGUUUGGCUAAAGUCUCCUAUACCUCAAAGAUAUUAGAACCCGCCUCAACUACCAUCAUCAUCCCUGCAUCCCGACCUCAAUGUCCAAGUCUUAGAAGAAGAAAUCCUUGAACAGGAAGUAAAAUAAGAUGUGACAUACUAACAGGACAGUCAUCACCUUGUCCUGUCUUUCAUAUUCUUAUCUUCCAAUUACCCAUAUUGGCCUGAAGGGGACCGUGUCUUGUUAUUCUAUCAAGCCUCUGAAUACACUCAAGAGAACUUCUUGUCACCACGUAAAAGAAGUGCUAAUGUUCGACAUCUGUGUUCAAAGCUCAAAGGGUCAUACAUGUAUAUGAAAAAUAGCUUGUAAUCACAAUAUUCUGAGAACGUGUUAAAGGAUUACAAUCAAACUUGAAUUUUAAAAUUGCUUCUGUUUUGGUUUGUAAGAUCGCUCUAUGGCGGAGGCAUCAUAACAUCCAUCUAGUUUCUUUCUAAUAUCUGUAAGACCUUGUCUUACCUUGUCUUCUGAUGUUUCCUCAAUCGUUUAUAUUUCUUGCUUGGUUGCAAGAUUGAAAGUAAUUGAUUACACUGGAAAAAAUUAUGACGAAGGCAGUUCUUACUCGGUUAUUCUCAUCGGUAAUGAUAACAACCUUACUGGUCCAAAUGCGAAAUAUGGUUCCAUUAUACCACAGAUGGAAAACCUCCCGAAGUAUUCGAGCAUAUCACUUUACAGGAGCUAUGGUAUGAUCUACAUGUAUGUAAAUAGAAUAUUGUCACUUUUCUCUCUUUAGAAGAUUUUUUUUUUGUUUACUUUUUUCAUUCUUAAACUAUUUGUUACUGUAUCAAAGGAUGUAAAGUUUGAAUAAAUAAAUUUGUAAAUAUACUCCUA